AUGGAAGCUCUUCCUAAGCUUCGAGUACUCAUAUUGAAGUCCAACAAGUUUGAUGGUAACAUGUCGCUGCCUUCACGAAGUAACCUUCCAUUUCAAAAGUUGCAAGUUUUAGAUAUAUCUGACAAUGAAUUUGUGGGGUCUCUCCCUCAAACAUAUUUCAAGAACUUUAGAGCAAUGAUGGAUGUGAAGGAAAAUAAGACAGAUCUAAUUACAAGUAGUGAUGAUGAUGAUCAGACCUUUCAAGCUUUCCUGGAGAUGACAGUCACCUUGAAAGGCCAAGAUCAGUUAUUGACGAGACUGUUGAAAACCUUUACAACCAUUGACUUAUCCUCCAACAAUUUCUCUGGUAGUAUUCCAGAUUCCAUAGGUAAUCUUAAUUCUUUGAGAUACUUGAAUUUGUCCCACAAUAAUCUCAUGGGACACAUACCUGCAUCUCUUGGAAAUAUAAGUGUACUUGAAUCAUUGGACUUGUCAUCGAAUAAAUUGGAUGGAGGAAUUCCAAGGGAAUUGACGAGGUUGACAUUUCUUGCGAAAUUAAACCUUUCAAUGAAUGAUCUGGUGGGACAAAUACCACAAUCUAAUCAGUUUUCCACAUUUGAGAAUGAUUCAUACGUGGGAAACUUGAGAUUGUGUGGAGUUCCGUUGACGAGAAAAUGCAACGAGGAGAAUGGGCAGCGGAAGCAGCCAGAAGAAGAAGAAGAAGAUGAUGAGUAUGGAUUUAUAGAUGGAUUUGGAUGGAGAAGUGUGGUGAUGGGAUAUGGAAGUGGAAUGAUAGUUGGAAUUGGAAUUGGUUGUUGGAUUAUUCGAUUUGGAAGGCCAAGAUGGUUGGUGGAAUUCUUUUUUGGUGUUGGAUUCAAGAAGAACAAGAAGAAGAAGACAAGGAAGAGAGCUACUCCAACACAGAGGAGAAGUUGA